AUGACGGAAAAGAGAAUAUUUGGAAUGUGUAACCCAAUUUUGGAUAUUGUUUUAAAAACAACUUCGGAUAGAGUGAAAGAUCUGGGGUUAAAAAUGGGAUCAACAACUCUUGGGGAGGACGAGAAGGUUUUCAAGCUAAUUGAGAACAUAAUUUCAAACAAUGAAGAUGCAAAUUUUGUGGCAGGAGGGUCUCUAUUAAAUAGUUUUAGAGUAUGUAAGGAAUUGUCAAACAAGGACGGAAAAGAUAAGGGUGAUUCAAUUUCGGUGUUUUUUUCCGGAGGAAUUAACGAUGAUUCUGGUGGAAUCUUACUUCAGGAACUACUCACUAAACUAGGAAUUAAUUAUGAAUUCCACAUUACGAACAAACCAAAUCUGGAGACUGCAAAGUGCGUUGUUUUUGUAACUGGGGAGGAAAGAACACUACUCGCAGGAUUAGGAGCUGCUAAGGAUUAUUCCAUUGACACUUUUGAGUCAGAGAAGAUUCAACAAGCUUUAAAAACUGCAAAUAUAUUCGCGACAAGCGGAUUCUUUGUUGAAGUCUGCUUUCAAGCUGUUCUUAGAUCUGCUCAAUAUAUUCACCAAUCGAAAUCCGAUGAGUGCUCUUUUGUAUUUGGACUUUCUGCUACUUAUAUUCCAGAAAAGUACAUGAAUGAAAUAUUCCAACUUCUUCCAAUGAUUGAUUACAUAGUUGGAAAUCAAGAGGAAUUUGUUUCUCUUUAUAAAAAUAUCAAUAGUACUCUCCAAAUUGAAAAUCACGACCAACUUCUAUAUUCACAGGCUUGUAUAAAUCAGCCAGAGAACAAUACUCUAGAAAGGAUUCUCACUGAAGUUCAUACGCACCUUAAACCCACAUGCAUUAUGCUCUGUACAAGAGCUCAUUUGCCUGUAAUUUCAUUUAACUCCAAAGAUCCUAAUGGUUGUAUUAGGUACCACGAAUGUAUUCAUGUCCCUAAAGAAAAGCUCGUAGACGUUAAUGGUUGUGGGGAUGCAUUUAAAGGUGGUUUCAUCUAUGGACUUUCCAACUCUUAUCCUUUAGAUGCGAGUAUAUACAUGGGACAUUAUGCUGCCUCCACUGUUGCUCAAAACAUUGGUUGUGAUUUCGAUUUCUCAAACAAACCAACUCUAAGCGAAAUUAUGCAACUUGUUUCAUCAAAAAAUAAUUAA